UGGGUCCAAAGGAAUCAUCACUACUCUAUGCCAUGAGAAGGCAAUUAUUCAUGGGCCAGAUGUGAAGUGUUGGAACGGCACAAGCGUGGGAGAGGAUCUCUUUCCUUAUCUCUGGAAGGCGAGCGUACCAUGGCCACCAAGCCUGGGGGUCCACCCACUUGGGUUCUCAGAUUCCCUUCACCGUUGGAACCGGGGGUCCAGAUCAGUGUUGAAAUGGAGGAGAGCUCCCCUCCCAUGGGCACCAUCAAAGAAAUCCUGAAGCGCUCACGGUCUCGAAAGGACCGGUUGGACCGGAAUGAAAUGGGUGUGAAGCCCCAAUGUUGGGAAGUCCGCCAACAGGUGCUUCUACCUACUCCAGAGGAGCAGGAGAUGGAAGCCAAGGUUCCUGAGGAGACCCUGGGAGAUGAUAUUGAGACUUGUGUCAUUCCUUUUGGAAAUGAACUCGAUCCCAGAGAGGAAAGAGGAACAAAAACAGAAGUGAUGGUCGGGCCAAACUGCGUGAUUACAAUCGAAGAAGAGGAGGUUGGCCUUGAAGAAGAGCAGUCAGCAAUCCCGGGGUCAGCCCCAGCAGAUGAUAUUGAGACGUGUGUGAUCUCCUCGCAAGGAGCAGCUGAUACUGAUGGCAAAGAAGUGGCCCAGUCUCAGGUGAUAGACGGAGGUAGUAUUGAGGAGGACACGGGGUCUGUUGAGAACCUCAAAGAAGAAAAGGCCAUCCAGACAGAAGAGACAGUGGAAGACAAGCCCUGUGAGGCCUGUAGGAGGAAAGCAGCUGACUUCCAUGUAGAAGAAUCAACACAGACUGAGGUAAUGUCAGAGCAGGAUAAUGAGGCCAGUGCAGCUUCCCCUUGUAAAAUGGCCGACGCUGAAGGAGAAGGAGUGACCCAGCGUGAUGGAAAACCCCAAGAGGCCUGUAAGAACCCAGAAGCUGUGGACAAGGGAGAUGAUGGGGAAGAUCAAGCGGCCAUUUUGAGAGAGGGUGGCAUUGAUAUAGAGACCAUGCGCCAGGGUUUCCGGUGGUUUCGCUACCAAGAAGCUGAGGGCCCCCGGCAGGCUUACGGACAACUGCUAGACCUUUGUCGGCUCUGGCUGAAGCCAGAGAGCCGCACCAAGGAGCAGAUCUUGGAGCUGUUGGUCCUCGAGCAGUUCUUGGCCAUUUUGCCCCAGAAAAUACAGACUUGGGUGUGGCAGCAGCACCCCGCAUCGUGUGCCCAGGCGGUGGAUCUGGUGGAAAACUUCCAGACAGGACUUUCGCUGCUGGAGAGACACGGGAAAGCGGCACUGGUAACCUUUGAAGAAGUGGCCAUGUAUUUUUCGGAAGAGGAGUGGAGGCUCCUGGACGAAACUCAGAGGCAAAUCUACCGGGCGGUCAUGCUGGAGAACUAUGGGAAUGUCCGCUCACUGGGAUUCCCCAUCCAGAAACCUGAUCUGAUCUCCAGGAUGGAGAGUGGCGAGGACCAAGAGCCUUGUUUCCGGGAUCCCCCCAAAUCUGACAAGAAGGAGGUGCCAAGAGAUGUGGAAGAUGCUGAAGUCUCAAGUGAGUCUGACUGCAAGGAACUGGUAUCAUCGAAGGAAGAGGAAGCUGUUGAUACUUUUCCGACUGUGUCAGGAGGAGUCACGAGUCCUCUAGAAACCUGGGACACCUCAGUCAAAAACAGCCCCCCCAGCAAGGAUGGGAAUAAGCCUCGAUGGCAUCGGACUGAGCCCCGCUUUGGGUGCCCUGACUGUGGAAAGACGUUUCCAUGGCAGUCAGCGUUGGCACGACACCAGCUUUCUCACUCUGGAGAGAAGCCCUAUCGGUGCAAUGACUGUCCGAAAAGCUUUGCGCAGCGCUCAAAGCUGGCCCGGCACCGACACCUCCAUACAGGGGAACCCUCCUGUGAGUGCCCAGAGUGUGGGAAGCGCUUCUGCGACCGCUACAAACUGGCCCGGCACCAGAAGACCCACUCCGGUGAGCGGCCCUUCCACUGUGAAGUGUGUGGCCGCAGCUUCUGCCUCAGUUCCAAUCUACGCCAGCAUCGGCGGGUGCAUACAGGUGAGCGUCCCCACAGCUGCCCUGAGUGCGGUAGGCGUUUCAGCCGCCGCUCCAACCUACUCCAGCACCUCCGGGUACACCAGCUGCAGUGGCAGCAGCAAGGAGGGCCUGGUGCGGAGCUCCACGGGGGAGACUCUGAGCUUGGACAAGGCUUUGACCUCUGCGAGGAGGAGUGGGAAUAUGAAUGGAUUGCAGACACACAGGAUGGGGAACGGACAGAUGAGCUCCAUGCUGGGGGCUAUGAGGGACAGCAGAGCUUGGGCCUCCUCACUGAGGAGCAUCAGGAUGAGGAGAUCCUGGAGUUCCGUGUGGGGGAGUACGAGCAUGGGUGGAGCUCCGAGAUCAACAAUGGACACCACGAAGCCAGCCAGUUCCUUGAGCUCCAGCCUGGGAACCACGAAUUCCAGCAGGGUUUAGAGCUUCAGUCUGGGGACCAUGAGAACGAGAUUGUGGAGCUCCGUGUGGGAGACAGUGAUGCCCGCCGCUGGAACGAGGAGCUAGACAGGGAGGAUGACGACUGCCUGCUCGUCACAGAUGAAGGGCCGCUCCAUCCGGAGAGCAGGGGAAAUUGCCAUAGCACCGACUUCCCUUCUGUCAACCACAUCCACUCAGCAGAGGGUGAGGUCCCUCAGUGCUCCGAUUGUGGGCGGAUGUUCACCCGGAACGCCAGCCUCUCCCGACACCGGCUGAUCCAUUCCACCGAGCACCCUCAUGCCUGCCGGGAAUGUUGCCGUUCCUUCCCUAUGCGCAGCCAGCUUGCCCAACACCAGCUCACUCAUGCCUCCAGGCAGCCUCACCCCUGCCCUCAGUGCCCCAAAAGCUUCAGCCACCGUUCCAAACUGUUGCGCCACCAGCGCAUCCACACGGGCGAGCGCCCUUUCCAGUGUGACGAAUGCGGCAAAAGCUACAGAGACAGUUCCACCCUCCAGCGACACCAGCGUAUCCAUGAUAAACCUGAGGCCUUGACGUUGGUUCCACUGCAGGAUAUAUCUCCCUCCUCGCCCGAUCCCGUGGUGGUGAUUGUCUAGGCUUCAGCUGAAUUUGGUGGAAAUUUCGCUGUGGGAAGCGAAAUACUGCAACUGGAAUUACUUGAUACAGAUUAGGCACAUACGCACAAGUGGGUUCCAUAGUGCAUUGUCCUAACUGCGAUUUUUUUUUUAUUGGUAGGUGCUGGGGUGUCCUGUUGCUGUUGUGGAAGAAUACCAGUUUGGAAAUAUUUUUGAAAAGGGACAUGAGAAGGGUUGGAGGGUGGGGCGAGACAAAGGCCUGUUGGAAACUUCAGAAGGAGGAAGGGAAGCUGGAGACCCAUGUGACUCGUAGUUGUGUUUUGAGUGUAGUUUGCACCCAAGUAUUUAUUCCAGUUCAUCUCUAGAGGGGCUUUCUCAGAAUUCAGUCCAAAUUCCUGAUAACGUUGAUCUUCAUUGUUCAGGGCCUCUUGGGCUCUGUGCCAUCUGAACUUGCCUUUUCAGACAAUCUGGCCUCCCUAGAUGACUUAACUUUCCCCACCAACUGAGAGGUGGAGACUCGGCCAGAACUAUGAAGUGUGCCUGAGGCCACACCCCCAGCUCUGUGUUGACGUUUCUGAAAGGGUGCAGAAUUGUGUGACUUAUAGCAGCAGAAGGGACAGGCCAGCAGGGGCUGGAAUUGUCAGGUGCUGUACCAAGGGGGGGGGGUUCCCUUAAAACUUUUACCAAGUGAACAGAGGCAGGCCAGAACUUCUGCUCCUUGCUGCAGUAUGCCUCAAGGUAGUGGUGGAGAAGUUCUGGGCAUGCCUCCAGGGCCCCAAACAGUCUGAGGGAUCCACUUUCCAGAACGAAAUCACUUUUACACCCUGUAUUGGUUACUUUACAGCAGUCUGCUCCGUUGGUUUUAUCUGCGUUGGUUGUAUCUGGCCUGCACCAUAACGGUCACAUGCAUAAACAGAAACUAUCUCUAAUCUGUACCACUUCAAACUGCAAGUGAGCGAUUGCUGGGUUGUGAGUUUUUUUCCUUUAAAAUUUCCUGCACCCAGUAAACUUAACAUGUCAGAGAGAAAGCUAGGAUAGAAUCCUUCUCUGGGACAUCAAAGCUUGGAUCCUAGGAACUCAUUGGUAGGAUCCAAUUCCAGGUUUUCUACGUGCAAGAAAGUGUUUUCUCUGGAGGCAAGUUCAGCCAUACUUUUCUCUGCCCACCCCCCGCCAAUUUGUAGUCUGAAAUGGUACAGUCUAGAAACAUGUUUAAUCUGGGUAAAUUAGGUCAUAAGCGUCCCAGAGGUCUUUUAUUUCAGAAGAAGAGAGGAGCAUAUCUCUUCUAUCUCUUCUUUACUUUCACUUUUACCCUCCAGACCAUCUACAAGGCUUUCUUCUGUUCUCACAUCGUUCUCUCAGUGUUUUCCCCUCAGUUGCUCAGUUGAGAGUUUGUGAACUGUGGCCUUUCUAUCUCUCUCAUGGUGGGCUUUGUCUUUUUUUUGUCUUGAGCUGUCUCCCCACAGGGCCUAGUUAUUCAACAGUGUGGGAUGCUAUUCCUUGUGAGAUUCAGGGACACUGGAGAGUUAUGGCUGGUUUCGAGGUUAUUAUUUGUACAUAUGGAAAAUAAAAUCUUAUUUUCUUUUUUC